AAAGGAACAGAAAUCGGUUUGAGAAAUUACAUAAACUCGCGUUUUAAAAACGCAGAAACUCGCCGCGUACAUACAUCUUCCGCCUACCCAAAAAAAUGGGAGAGGCCCUCAAUGUGAUGGAGUCAGUAAGAUCGGUAGUUUUCAAAGAAUCCGAAAAUCUAGAAGGUUCUGCCACAAAAAUCGAAGGCUACGAUUUCAAUAAAGGAGUUAACUAUGCUGAGCUUUUCAAGUCUAUGGCCUCCACUGGUUUUCAAGCUGCUAAUCUUGGUGACGCCAUUCAAAUUGUUAAUCAAAUGCUAGAUUGGAGGCUUUCACAUGAGCAGCCCAUAGAAGAUUGCAGUGAAGAAGAAAGAGAUGUCACAUACAGAGAGUCUGUGACGUGCAAGAUCUUUUUGGGGUUCACUUCAAACCUUGUCUCUUCUGGUGUUAGAGACACCAUCCGCUACCUUGUUCAGCACCGUAUGGUUGAUGUUGUGGUUACUACAGCUGGCGGUAUUGAAGAGGAUCUCAUAAAAUGCCUUGCACCAACCUACAAGGGGGACUUUUCUUUACCUGGAGCUGUUUUACGCUCGAAAGGAUUGAACCGUAUUGGUAACUUAUUGGUUCCUAAUGACAACUACUGCAAAUUUGAGAAUUGGAUCAUCCCAAUUUUUGACCAAAUGUAUGAGGAGCAGAUUAAAGAGAAGGUUCUGUGGACACCAUCUAAAGUUAUUGCUCGCCUGGGUAAAGAAAUUAACGAUGAAACCUCAUACUUGUAUUGGGCUUACAAGAACCGGAUUCCUGUCUUCUGUCCUGGCUUAACUGAUGGAUCACUAGGUGACAUGCUAUACUUCCAUUCUUUCAAAAAGGGAGAUCCAGAUAAUCCAGAUCUUAAUCCUGGUUUAGUCAUUGACAUUGUGGGAGAUAUCAGGGCCAUGAAUAGUGAAGCUGUCCAUGCUGGUUCAAGGAAGACUGGAAUGAUUAUCCUGGGCGGGGGGCUGCCUAAGCACCAUGUUUGCAAUGCCAAUAUGAUGCGCAACGGUGCAGAUUUUGCUGUCUACAUUAACACCGCACAAGAGUUUGAUGGUAGUGACUCUGGUGCCCGUCCUGACGAAGCUGUAUCAUGGGGAAAAAUACGUGGUGGUGCCAAGACUGUGAAGGUACAUUGUGAUGCAACAAUUGCAUUUCCCAUAUUAGUAGCUGAGACAUUUGCAGCUAAGAGAAAGGAAUUCUCCCAGACAAGAUGCCAAGUUUAACCGAUUGAGAAGCAGUCCCUCCAAUUACGUAUGAAUUGCUAAUUUUUGAAGCCAACUGUUAGUGUGUGUGAUCAAUUAUUCUGCAAACUGACUGGAGAGGGUACAUUCAAGUAACCCUGAGUUAGGGAGUCCUGUAUGGUUCAAAUAAUUUUUUCCCUUCCCACCAUGUUAUUUUUGGGGAGGAACAAUAUUUAGUUCUCUCCCUGGUCUUAAGUGGAGAGCUCAGCUGUGCAUAGGUUUUGAAUCAUGUUGUAUCAACAAUUAAUGUUUUUAGCUCUUUAGAUUUUUGUUGAAAUGGCCACUUAUCGAUAUAGAUGAUGCUUGUAAUCUGAAAUUUAAAGAUGUUAGUUAUUGACUAAUGACAAAAUUCGUUAGUAUUUAUUA